CAACGAAAAUUAAAAUUGUAUAUAUUCAAAGAUUCUUCAUUGAACCGGUAUACCAAAUCCUGUAAUAUAUUAUCUACCAAAGGGACAUAUACGUUCAGUCUACGAUGUUCGGUCUGUUCAUUUGCCUGCUUGUUAUUCUUGACAUAGUUCAAUACCCAGGGUUUCAUGUGAUUUCAUUAUAGAUGCGAAUAGUAUUCUAAAGCGUUUUUCGGAAUUUGCGUGUCUUUCUUGUACAACUGAAAUAAUAUUUCCUAUGAGUUUGACAGCGUAUUGUUUGUCAAUUGUUUUCGAUUGUAAAAUCUUACUCAGGUUGACUGUUAAAGCUAAUAUAUCACACAAACACUUUAAUGAUACGAUAAAUUGGGUGGAAGUAAUAGCAGUCUUCAAAUACUGCGCUUUUGAAGAAGCUUCGCGGUUUUUCCAAUUUGAUAUAAUAUCUAGUACCUCUACAAUUUUCUCGAAUUUGCUUUCAAAUUGGAGCAUAGAAUCAUGUCUCUCGAUCCAUCGUAUUUCGCAUAUACUAUAAAUUUGAUAUCCGUCUAGUUUUCUUUUUAAUACUGUAUUUCUUUUAGCGGAUGCUUUGAAGAACGCAAUUACCUCCUU